UUCAUUUCCGAUCGUGCGUCGGUAGACACGCUACACAUUGCUUCUCUAGCAAUAAUUUGAAUAAACAACUUUAAAAUGGGUUUUGGAGAUCUUAAAUCACAGUCUGGUGUUCAAGCACUUAAUGAAUUUCUUGCGGAACGCAGUUACAUUGAAGGCUUUGUUCCUUCACAAGCAGACAUUGCUGUUUAUGAUGCAUUAAGCAAGGCCCCAGAAGCAAGUCUACCACAUGCCCUUCGUUGGUACAAUCAUAUUACAUCAUAUCAGAGCCAGAAAGACAGUUUGCCAGGUGUAAAGAAACCAGUAGACUCCUAUGGUCCUGCUGGAGCUGCCCCUGCCAAAGUAGCUGCUCCCGCACCUGAUGAUGAUGACGACGAUGAUGACCUUUUUGGCUCUGAUGAUGAAGAAACUAAAGCUUUAAAAGCUAAGCGUCUUGAAGAAUAUGAAGCCAAAAAAGCUAAAAAGCCAGUACUGAUUGCAAAAAGUAACAUUAUUUUAGACGUAAAGCCUUGGGAUGAUACAACAGAUAUGAAUGAAAUAGAAAAAUGUGUGCGUUCAAUUGAGACUGAUGGCUUGCUAUGGGGAGCCUCUAAGUUUGUCCCCGUGGGUUAUGGUAUCAGGAAACUACAGAUCAGCUGUGUAGUUGAGGAUGACAAGGUCAGCACCGACUUCUUAGAAGAAGAGAUUACCAAAUUUGAGGAACUUGUCCAGUCUGUUGAUAUUUUUGCAUUUAACAAAGUUUAAACUUUAACUAUUUAAAUAAACAAUACAGAUAAUUUUUGUCAGGUUUUUCUUUUUGAAAUAAAAAUGUGUAGACAGUAAUGAC